UACAAUCGUUAAAUUCUAGAGUACGGAAGGAUUCUGAAUGUAAACUGUCAAAACAGUUUUUGUGAGAUCUCUUUUUCAAGAACUUCUAAAUCAACGCAGGGGUAAGACAAUAUAGGGUAAUAUGACAGACACUGAAAGUUUACGAGAAGCAAUUGCACAAUACGAACAACAGCUAGCUCAAGUUCAAGCGACUUUGUCCGUGACUACGCAAGAAGCGGAUAGGGAGAAUUUAUUAAGUUUACAAUCGGACAUACAAGAGCUUAUUGCUUUAACAAAAAAAAGUUUACAAGGUGUUGAAACUUCUAGCGAAGAUUUGGACGACGACGACGAUGAUGAUGAUAUUGACGAUAUUGAUGAUAUGGACGAUCCAUUGGAAAAAGAAUAUGCCUUAUUCAAGGCAGAACUGGAGAAAACUUCCAAUGAAUCUCGGAGUAAAGAGCCGGAUAAACAAGAUGACGGAGCUUCAAAUAACAUAGAAGAUGAGUUGAGGCAGCUUGAAGGCAUGAAAUGUCGAGCUCCCCAUGGUAGCAGUUGGGGUGGCAUUGGUUAUCAUAAUGCUAUGAUAUGUUCUGUUUAUCAGAAUGACAGCACAGAAAUAAAAAAUAUGCAAGAUAUAAAGGUCAGGGUAUUUUUUCUAAAUCCAACGCAUAAAGAAAUGCUUCCGUGUCCUUAUUAUUUGGAUGGGAAAUGUAAAUUUUCUGACGAAGAUUGUAGAUUUUCGCAUGGAGAAUUGGUGCCAUUAUCUAGUAUACAAGAAUAUAGAGAACCAGACUUUCAAAGUAUAAAGAUGGGUAGUAGGGUAUUAGCAAAGCAAAAGAAUCAAUUAUGGCACAGGUGCAUCGUGUUAAAAAUGCCAGAAAAAGAAGGAGAUGUUUUCAGAAUUAAGUUUGAAGCAAACGGUAAUAUCGUAGAAGUUUUCUUACAAGAUCUUUUACCGCUUGAUGAUGCUGAUUUGGAAAUGUCAGAUACGUCUGAAGACAGCGACGGUGAAAGUGACUCGACAGAGUAUCCUAAAGAAGAAACAGUUCAUAAAUCUCUUCUCACGGUCGAAAGCAACAUGCCGUUAGGAAAUUGGGAGAAACAUACGCGCGGGAUAGGUAGCAAAUUAAUGGCUCAAAUGGGAUAUGUAUUGGGCACUGGUCUUGGAAAGUAUUCAGAUGGCAGAAUAGAACCAGUUGAAGCAACGGUACUGCCAGCUGGUAAAUCUUUAGAUCAUUGUAUGGAAUUGCGAGAAAAUGCCGGAGGGGAUGAAAAUUUAUUUUCCGUAGAACGUAGAAUGCGAAAGCAACAACAGAAGUUGGAACAGCAAAGACAAAAACAGUAUCAGAGGGAAAAGGAACGAGAAGAAAACAAUGUGUUUAAUUUUAUAAAUGCAACCUUGGGUGAUAAACCUAAAUCGGACGCAAGAAAUAUUUCAAAAGGUAAAAGUAGCCUUAAAACAGAAUCAAAUCGACAACUAAAUGUAGCAAGUUUCCAAAUUGGAGAAAAUAUUUUAAGACUGGAAAGGGAAUCGGCAAAAUUGAAAGAAUCAUUGUCAAGGCAUACAAAAGGAAGUGUUCAUUAUAAUAAUAUUGUAAUGAAGUAUAAUGAGAAACAAAAGGAACUUGUUGGUUUAAGAGCAUCUGAAAAAAGUAUCGCUGCUGAACAAGAUCAACGAAAGAACAGAGCUAAAUUAUCAAUAUUUUGAUGUACAUAUGUUUACAAUUUUAACUUUCUACAAGAAAUUAGCUUAUGUAUUGUAUGUAUUAAUUAUUAUGUGUAAAAAAAAAUAUAAAUAAAUAAAACUUAUAAUAUAA